AUGUCCAAGUCAGGCGUUGUGAAGAACUGGAAUGACGACAAGGGCUUUGGCUUCAUAGGCCCGGAUGAUGGAAGCGAAGAUUUGUUCUGCCACACGUCCUCCUUGCAAGGGUGCAAGGGCCUCGGCAAGGGAGACAACGUGCGCUUCGAUGCAGAGUACGACGAUCGCAAGGGCAAGAUGCGGGCCGUGAAUGUCUCCCUGGAGGGUGGUGGCGGCGGGGGCGGUGGCGGACGUGGCUACGACCGCGAUGAUCGUCGUGGAGGCUACGAUCGCCGUGACGAUCGCCGAGACGAUCGCAGGGACUACGACCGCCGCGAUGAUCGCCGUGAUCGCGACUAUGACCGCCGAGAUGACCGCCGGGAUGACCGCCGAGAUGACCGUGGCGGCGGCGGUAAGGGCAAGGGCGGCAAAGGUGAUCGCUUCGGAGGGGACACACGAGGUGAUGACAUUAGCAAUGGUGGCAAUCGCCACCUGACGGCUCGUGAGCUGUUUAUGCG